UCAUGUCAUCGCUCGUCUUCACGGCGGGAUUCAUGUUUACGCGCAUUCGUGGGAUGCCAUUUAUGCAGGUGACGAGAGAAGGUGCGCGGUGGAUAGCGGGGGGAUAUUCGAACCAGUAUGGCGCUGAGACUUAUGUUGUCGCUACGCUUUAUGGUACACUGGCCUUAACGCAGGUCGCCCUCAUCAUACUGGUCCCUCGCAUACGGAAACGGAACCAACAACGUGCGGCGGUUUACGUUUGGUCGUUCGUGACGAUCAUUUUGUACAGUGUGCUCAUGUCGCUGUUCAGAGUAAAGAACUCUGGAUAUCCGUUCCGUCUCCUUUUCUAAACGUUAGAUAUAGUCGAUUGUAAAUUUGAUAUCGAU